AUGGCCGUCGGGAGCUCCUACGGAGAUCAGCUUCGGGCCAAGAAGCGCGUAAUCUUAUUGCUCAGCGAUGCCAUUGACAGACAGGAAGCUAUCGAAAGACAGAGAGCCAUCGAAAGACGUCGGAAUCCGCAGAAAGCAUGGCAGACCUCCCCCGUGAACAUACUCAACAUGCCGAACCCGUCAGCGACGCCAUCCCGCCCGCCCCCAGACCCGUUGACCCACCCAGGGCCCGCACUGUCAAUGGUCGAAUUGACAAAGCUGUUCAGGCGAGCCGCGGCGCGGUACCAACGAGGCCUCCCGCCGUCUCCGGAAACAACAGAAGAGUUCCCGUACCCCGGCGCAAAAGCCCACGGGGAGGCCGAACGCCUAGGGCUCGAGAACGCGCCGUCAAGACGGCGGGGCGGGAAAGACGGGUGGAUCGUCUGGACGGGAUGCGCUGCUGCGUCGUUCAGGAGAAGCUUGGCUAUUGGAAGGAAGCUUGGGUGUUGGAAGGAACGGAGGCGGAAACGGCACACGUCGAAAGUGGCGCCGCGGGCCCUGGUGGCGGAUGCGGACGCCCGGACGCAAAAGCGGUACGGGGAGCGAGCGAGGAACCGAGCGCUCGCGCGAGACCUGGAGCGUUUGAUCGAAGGAUGUGAGACGCUGCUGCAGCAGCAGCGGCGGCGGCAGAAGGGCGAGGGGUUCCCCGCCAUCGAUUGGCGGCCUUUCACGAGCUGGAAGAGAUGGCGGGAUGGCGGGAGGGGUUGGACGGGCCUAACGGAGGACGAGGUGCGCAGCACCGAGGUCGUCGGAGUCGGUGGCGGGGAUGUGUGCUCCGAGAAGAAGAAGAAGGUGCCGACCGAGAUUGCGAAGGCGGUUCUCCGUGCCCGGUUCGCGACAUGUUUCCCACGAGCGGCGGACAAAAGGGCGUGCACAGGGGAUGGGGAUGGGGGUACAUGA